AUGGUUGAGAGAUGGAGACCUGAAACUCACACAUUUCAUCUUCCAAUAGGUGAGUGCACAAUAACUUUGGAAGAUGUUUAUUACAUUUUAGGAUUAAACGUUUCCGGUUUACCUGUUAGUGGUUCCAAUUUUGUGCAAGUAAAACAAAUCUGUCAAGAUUACUUAGGAGUUAUCCCACCCGACGGAGCAACAAAAGGUAAUUCUAUUAAAUUAAAGUGGCUUAAGGAUACAUUUGACGAUGUUGGUGAAAAUGCAUCUGAAUUAGAAAAACAAGCAUCAUGUCGAGCAUACAUCCUACGUAUGAUCGGAGGGUUAUUGAUGCCUGACAAAUCCAACAACCGUGUACAUCUAAAAUAUCUUUCACUAUUAGGAGAUUUAAACAAAGUAUCCCAAUAUAGUUGGGGUUCAGCUGUUUUAGCUACACUUUAUAGAGAAUUAUGCCUUGCAACGAAACCUGGUAUAUUUCCACUUGCACAGAGGUUUAAUUCUGGUGGUCUAAAUUUUGCUAAAGUUCCUCAUAACGACGUAGAAGGAUAUCGAAAAACAAUUGAUCACAUGAUGGUUGAGGAAUUUUAUUGGAGACCUUAUCUCGGGUUCCAACAUGAAGUUUCAGAAGAAGAUAGGGCCACUUGGAGUGCAUGUACUUAUCUACUCUGUUAUCAUAUUGUUGAAAAACAUCAUACAGAUAGGGUCACACUCCAGUUUGGUUUACAUCAACAAAUACCACAACCACCAGAGGACAUGAAAUCGUAUCACGAGGUCGACAUGAGGCGUGGGAUUGAUGAUAAUUGGACUUGGGUUUGGAGGGAAGAAAUAAACCAUUGGAAUGAGCGCCAUAAUUACGUGUUGCAAGGUAACAUCGUACAAGGUGUUUUAUGUCAUAGCACAGAAUAUAUGAUUUGGUUUAGACAACACACCAAAUUGUUUAUAUCUGUAGAACAAUAUCUUCGUGAUCCCCGUUUACAACCGCCGUCAUAUCCUCGUGUGCAAUCGACCUCCCAAUCAACCCCACAACACCAAUACACAGCAGGACCGUCUUCAUCAUCACCUCACAUACACGUCGCUACUGAAGUUCCAUUUUAUGAUCCACCACCAUCUCAGUAUUACGUUCCGUCGGUGCCAGAAAUACCAACACCCGGUUAUCCGACAGAAGAUGGGCUUCUCUAUAAUUUGUUUGGAACUCAGUGCACAACUCCUGAGUCGGCAUAUGCUGUAUUUGAUUCAAUGUAUAAUCAACAAUCCCAAAAUGUAAUGGAACCAGGUGGCAGUGGUUCUAAUCCAUCUACAGCUUACAUUGAAGAAAAUGAUCAAAAUGACGAUGAACCGGAAGAACCGCAACUUGUUCAGAGAGCUAGACGAGUUCGGCGACAUCGUACAUGUGGGACUGGGGGUCAUUUAGGUGGACAUCAUUGAUAUAAAUUUAAUGUAUUUUGUUUUUUCAAAUUUGAUUGAUGUACUUUUUUAUUAUU